CUAUGGCUACUUCAAUGCUGUAAAUCACACAUUUUUACUGAAUAAUGUUUUCAAAUUAAAUUUCAAAUUAAAAGUCCCAUAUUCACACUUUGUAAUCGAAAAAUAUUAUCAACUUUGUGAUGCAAUAUAAGCAAAUGUUUCCAUUGUGUUCAGGACAUCUAUGUCUACUACUAUACUAUAAACAGUUUAAUUAAAUUGAAUUUUUCUUAAAACAAAUGAAGAAAAAAAAUAACUUGCGCUAUUUCAAAAAUGACUUGAAAUGAAAAAUGAAAAACCCACAAGUUACCACAAACAGUCACACUUAAACUUGAGCUAAUAAAAUCAGUUUAGUGACAAUGAAUUCAGAAAACAGGUUACCACAAUAUAAAACAAAACUAUGAACAGAAAUCGCAAAGCAUCUUACCAAACAGAUCCUAUAACAAAGCAUUUAACCAAAUAUAAAUAUGUAGUAAAAACUUAACAUAACUACUGAACAACUAGUUUUAUUUAAACAAAUCAAUCUGGAUAUGCUUUAAAUGUGAUAUGGACUGCAGUCAGAGCAUUCAAAAGAAAACUACAUUUACUUUUGAAGUUUCUUUAACAUCCAGGUCACUGUGGUUCUGUUGUCUGACUGACAGAGUUAUUGUGCUUGUGUAGCAGUUUGUCUGUCUGUCUGUCUGUCUGUCUGUCUGUCUCUGAGCAGCAGAACUGAAAAAGUUAAGAACAGCUUUUGAUUCCGUUUUCUCAGGAUGUAAGUUGUAGCCCAAGGAAAAAAAUGAUUUGAUUUUGGGAUUUUAGGACCUUUCCUGCCAUAAACAAUGACCUGUCAGGACCAGUCGUCCUCAUUUCUGAGGAAAUGGUUACAUUUAGGAGGUAUAAAUAGAAUUGUUGUUCAGUUAAGGAGUGGCCUUGGUGGAGGUUUGCGUUCUCUGAGUGCUUUUGCUUUUAAUUUCAUUUUGUGGUGUGUGUGUGUGUGUGUAGUAGUAGUAGUAGUUGCUGGCUUUGAGGACACAUUUUGAUUCAAAACUUUGAGGACAUUUUGGUUGGUCAAAACCAAAAUUUGAUUAAUUAUGUUUUCAAUUUUAAUCAUUUACAAUUAGAAUAAACAAAUAAAGACCAAUUUGCAUUACCACAGAAAAUUAAACUAAAAAAACAAAUUUUAUUCUGUUUAUUGUGUGGUGAGUCAGAUAAUAUUCCCCAUUGUGUUGGCUUGCUUUUAUUAUGAUAUUAUUAGUGUUGUAAUAUAACAAAGUACAAAUACUUUGUUACUGUAGUACAAAGUUCACAUAUCUGUACUUUAUUCUACUUUUAUAGCUACUUUUACUCCACUACAUUACCUAAAUAAAUAGUUUUCACACUUUCACACAGUUCAACCUGGAGUUAAGAGAUCUUGUUCAAGGACAUAUAGACUAGCAGAGCCAGGAAUUGAACCCACAACCUUUGGUUGAGUGACAACUCGCCUUACCACGGAGCCACCAUAGCUCCUCACUUUUAGAAUACUUUUACUUCUGUACAUUUUGUAUCAGCACUUUUGGUAUUUAAGUACAGAAAAUAUACAACAUUGUAAAAAGUGACUUCAACUUCUACCAAAGUAAUUUUCUGGUACCUUAUACACAACUAGAUAUUAUUUAGUAUAAUAAUGAUCUUUUAACGAGGUUUAACGUACAUAUGACACCUGCUGUAUUAGCAGGUGUCCCAGUUGUGUGAAGGAGGAUGAGGAUGAAGAUGCUUUUGCUUGGUUUGUUGCUUUCGCAGCUUCAGCCUCAGCACAUGAACUUUUGCUGCCCCUCCUCCAUCAGCUGAUAUUGUCAACCCUGAGCUCUUUGGCAGGAAGUGAGUGCAUCUUGUUCACAUAGCUGGAACAUGAGGAGAAGAGGUGGUCGUACUCUCAGCUACUGGGGCAACAAACUCAUCUUUUGAAGCUUCAGCCUCAGCACAUGAACUUUUGCUGCCCCUCCUCCAUCAGCUGAUAUUGUCAACCCUGAGCUCUUUGGCAGGAAGUGAGUGCAUCUUGUUCACAUAGCUGGAACAUGAGGAGAAGAGGUGGUCGUACUCUCAGCUACUGGGGCAACGAACUCAUCUUUUGACGAAGAGAGAGAUGGACAGCUGUAGGAGAGGACGUCCAUGGGGGAAGCUGGUCAAAGUUGACUCCAGUGAAACUGUCCUGCUUUUCAGCAAGGAAUGCACAGUGGGCAGAAAAACAGGAUGUUAUCUGUCAUUUCCAGCCAGCAAACUGGUCUCAGGGGAACACUGCAAAAUUGUGCAAGAUGAAAGCUCAGGGCUGGUGUGGCUUGAAGACAUGAGCACCAAUGGCACAGUGAUUAACAUGUCCAAACUGGUCAAGAAGCAAACUUACAUGCUGCAGAAUGGUGAUGUCAUCUACUUUGUUUAUAGGAAAAGUGAACCAGAACAAAAUAUUGCUUAUGUUUUCCACUCAAUCAAAACGGAGCCUAUUAUUUCACAACCUAAUUAUGACAUGGAGAGAUCGGCCCACAGUCCUGCUCUUGUUCCAGCUUCAGACAUGUUGCUCUCUGUGGAGCCAGUAAUGCUCACAAAGGCUCCUUGUAACCCAGUCCAGGCGGAACCUCAGCCCUCCACCUCAACUUCUCACUUCUGUAUCGAGGGCCCUCUCACUUCUGGACUCAUGGCAACGCCAGCCUCUUCUGCCUCCAACCAAGUUAAAGAGGACCUGCACAACAUGGAGCCAGAAAGCAAGCGGAGGAAAAAGGAUAAUGAUUACAAUCAUGAUGCGAGUUUGCCACAAACCUCCAGUUCAGAAGUUGUCGGUGCUAUAAAGGGAAGUGUGAACUCCAAACCUCAUGUGGAAUCAAUUAAAACGGACAAGAUGGAGGAGACUCUGACGUGUGUUAUUUGUCAGGACCUGCUGCACGACUGUGUCAGUUUGCAGCCUUGCAUGCACGUCUUCUGUGCUGCUUGCUACUCAGGCUGGAUGGAGCGCUCUUCGCUUUGCCCCACCUGCCGGUGUCCUGUGGAGAGGAUACGCAAGAACCACAUGCUCAACAACCUUGUAGAGGCCUACCUCAUCCAGCAUCCAGAGAAGUGUCGCAGUAAGGAGGAUCUGAAGAGCAUGGACGGCCGUAACAAGAUAACUCAGGACAUGUUGCAGCCAAAAGUGGAGCGCUCUUUCUCCGAUGAGGAGGGCAGUUCAGAUUACCUCUAUGAGCUCUCUGACAAUGACAGUGACUCCUCGGAUAUUAGUCAGCCUCUUGUGCUGUGCCGACAGUGUCCUGGCUACAGGGGUGAGGUCAGUCAGGUGCUGUUUCCUACAGGUUCAAACUACUGGUUCGCUGGGGUAGUUCCUCCACCUACACAUGCUUCACCCAAACCAGCGACUGAGGAAGGGUCUGCCAAGUCUGCAGCGGAGCAGCCUUCAACAUCCUCUGAUGUCCCCUCAGCUCCUCAGGAGUUCUGCUGCCCCCCUCAGGGCUGCCAUGUCCUCUGCACCUGCUGCCUCUCGCCGAUGCCAGACAGACACACAGAGCAGAACAGCCAGCAGGUCCCUCCUCAACAAUGUAUGCUGUGCCAGCUUCCUUUCUGUCAUAUGUACUGGGGCUGCCAGGGGCUUCGCUGUCAAGGCUGCCUGGCUCGAUUCAGUGAGCUCAAUCUGACAGACAAGUGUUUGGACGGGGUGCUGAACAACAAUAACUAUGAAUCAGAGAUCCUCCAGAACUACCUGUCCUCCAAAGGGAAGUCCUGGAGAGAUGUUCUUCAGGAGGCUGUGCAGGGUUUGCAGGAUAACUACCGUCUGACAGAUUGCCGAAUCUCUGCCAACACCGUCAUGUGCUUGUGCUGCGGCCUGCGAGCAUUCAAGGAGCUGGCAUACCAGUACAGACAGAACAUCCCUCCAUCUGAACUGCCAGCUGCUGUAACAUCUCGUCCCGACUGUUACUGGGGACGCAACUGUCGUACGCAGGUGAAGGCCCAUCAUGCAGUAAAAUUCAACCACAUAUGCGAGCAGACGCGUUUCAAGAACUGACACAGCAGAGCGCUUUGAUUACGGAGCGUCUCGUGCUUUGGACAUCAGAUACGGUUUUGUUCCUUUUACUCGCGUCCAUAUGUAUCUAGCUAACUGCCUUCCAUAUGCAAUAACCUAAUGCUGACAUAACAAUCAUUAUGCAUUUACAGUAGUCGACACAGGGCUGUGUGAAAUAAUGCUAUGCACAUUCACAUUUACCUUUUAAUUUCAGGGUGCAGGGAGUUAAGACCUGGCUGGGCUCAGAUUGUGGCUCACGCAUUAGUAUAACUGACCGGGUAAUCAAACAUGGUUUUAAUUUAUUUGUGUUGAGUUGGUGGUCAAAAAGGUGUUUUCCUGGUAUAUUUGAUUUCCAGCCCGUGCGACAUAAAGUUUUCCUCUCCAUUUUGAGCGAUCGAGGCAAUCUGGAUGGAGAAUGGCCAUGUACUGUAUGUAUUUAUAGUUGUCAACUCUGUAAGGAUUUCUUUUUUUUUUUAGUUACAAUGCAGGACUUCAAACAGUAUCUGAUGCUAAUUAAAGUAAAAUAGUAUAGCACUAUAAUAGUAAUACAACUAUCAAAGCUUCAGAGACCCCGUCUCACCUCUGAGGGUCUACUCCUGUUUUGUAAGGGCAUAAAGCCAUGUUAAAGCUCCUCACACAAAACUAGGGUAGAUUUUUAAUCCCAUGUGAUAUUUGCAAGGGAUUUCACGUCUGUGGGAAUGGAAUCAAUGUGUUGUAAUACUGUCAGAGGGCACGGGGGCCUCUUUUGUAUGCUUUGCUCUGGAUAAUCAUCUCCAAGGUGAUUAAAGUCAUUUAGACGAGGACGUUUUUUCUUUUUUCUGAGAACUGUGUAGUAAGGGCUAAGCUGUGAGGAAAAUGCAUUUGUUCCAUGACGACCUAAGAGAAGAAAGCGUAGACUGCACUUCAAACGACCAGGGAUGGUUAAAAUGCCAUGAAGCUGAUGCUCCUUUUUGUAAGAGUUUUCAUAUGUAACAGUUUAGGGAACUGUGCCAAUACAAACGCAACAGUGUAUGUUGUUAUUUAGGUUUUAAUUAUAUACACUAUGUCAUAGCUCAUCUCACGUUCGCGUUGAUCUACAUUUGUUCAGUUUCUGUUAGUGUGUUGAAUUUAGUGAGAUUAAAUCUAGAUUGAAAAAUAGAUUUUUCCUCUGGUUACUCAAGUUUGCGGAGCUGCUCUUUUGAGGCUCUGUGUCACUGGACAUCAGCGUCUCAUCUGUAACUAUAACUUACCCAGGUGUCAGUAAGUCCCCGUCACGCAAACACACACGACCAGUAUUGACGUAGACGCCACAAAUCACCCUUCAGGGUUUCUCUUCCCACGUUUUUUUGUUUUUUUUUACUUCAAGAUGCUGUUGGUUGUAAAUUGAAACACGAGUCAUUUUGGGGUUGUUAUUUUUGUAGGGAUUACUGUUUGUGUACAGAAAAUGUUGGUGAACUUGAAGAAUAGUGGAGGACGUACACUGAAGUCAGGCCUCGGCUCGUAUCGGUGUGUUUAGUUUUACACGUCAAUGUUUGUUUUAAAAAAAUAAGUCUUUUAUUGCUCGAUGUGUCUGUAUUGUAUGACUCUUAAGGUAUUUGCACAUUAUGUGUCUCUCACACACAUUGAAAGAGUUAUUUUCUUUUAAGUGUACACAGUCUGAAACAACAACAUCCUGGAAGAAGAACAAGUGUCUGUAAUCACUGUACGGGAGCUCAAUAUUCCUUCAAUGUCUAAUCAGAUUUUUAAUCAUGUAAAGAGAUGCUUUUUUCUGGAAGAUAAUAUUAAUAGCAUUUCUAGUGUAGUGUUGGUAUCAUCAGCCGUAAUGACAUUGACACACUAUGUGUUGUUUUGGAAUUGAGCUCCUCAUAGUUUCAUUCUAAGUCUUGGUUUAUGAAUGGGCACUUUCCUGGCCUCUGCCUGAGCUCCUUUAGUUUAUUUGUGGGGUUAGCAUGGGGUGGUUUAGGUGUAUUUUAUUUUCUUUGGCCCCCCUCAGUCAUGGUGGGUUCACAUUGGCAUUCCUUAGCGGCUCAGGCCCUCAGCACAAGCCUGGUCGAUCCCCCAGCAGAGUGGCUAGAUUUUAAUUAUUCCCUCCAGGAGAUCUGGGCACCCUAAGCCAACAGCAGCCUCCGGCCGCUCCAAUCACGGAUUGGAAUUAAAGAGGCUUUGAAGGAGUGCUUUGCAUUCUCCCCGGGGUGGGAUGUGCAGGGUUAUGUUGUAUGUGGAGGCAAAUAUUUACUCGCUAUGCGUGGAUCAAGCUGCUCAGCAGUCGCCGAAGAGGCAGGUUUCGUUCUACCUCAUCACAGCUUCCAGGUGUGUGGGAGACUGAACAGGCACCAGAGUCACGUCAGUUCAAAGCUGAUAUGCGAUGAUCGCCACGGUGCCCGUGAACCUUGUAUGCAAUGCAAAAAUUAGUCUCGACUAUAAUCCACUAUAGAGUAGCACUAGGCACAUGCAACAACUGUUUGAUAAAUGCUUAUUUACCCUGUGUGUUGUAUUAGCAAUGCUAAAGUUGUCUUUGAAAUGGAACUGAUCUGCCUGUUUUCAUUGACAGAUUAAAAUACAGAUAGAGCAGUAGAA